GAGCAAAGUUCAUUACUUUCUUCCACCCAUCCUCAUCUUGUCUGCUAGUAUUUUUAUUUUUUUAGUACGAAGGAAGAUUAACAAAAUCUCUUCACUUCUUUUUGCGGUUUCAGUAAACUUUCAGGUUACUGUGUCAGCUGCAGUAGAUUAAACAUCUUGAGUGAUCAUAUAUUUUCCAAAUUCGUUUGCUUUAACUACUCCGAACCAUGGCAGCUGAGUUGGGUGAUUGCUGCUAAUUUCUCUAUAAGGUAGUAAUAUUUUGCUUGCCAUUUUAUGGGUUUCCUUUGAAUGAUGGAUUCCUUGAGAGCACUACUAAAAAAAAUCGUCCUUACUGACACAGAAAAAAUACCAUGGCAAAAUAGUUUAUAAGGUAGUAUAUUGUUUUGGACGAAAAGCCAAUAAAAGAAUAGGAUUUGAUGUUCAUUUAGUGGCGGAACUGGAGUUUGAGAUUCGGAAAGUCCUAAGCGAUUGAGGAUUUUAUUUGUGGGUGCACUAAAUAUGAUGUGAUUAUUAGCCAAAAAAAAAUUAAAAAUUAAAAAAGAAAACAAUUUUAUAAUUUUUUUUGAUGGUCUUGCUUUUGAGGGAAAACAUACUCCACUAAAAUUAAUAGAAAUGGUCCAACACUAUUUGAUACAAGAACAGACCGUCCAAAAAUGACGUACUCGCGGUAUUAGUUAAUGCAUCAAAGGACUUAUAUAGAUAAUAGUAGUUUUUACAUUCUUAUUAUUAAAUUUUACAAUAAGCGUUUAACGUUAUCAAAUUUGAAAUAUUCGUGAUUUUGGAAUACAUUUUAAAAGUUUCAAUUAGAAUAUACUAAGAAAAAUUAAAAGUGGUAUGAAUUAAUUAAAUUUAUAUAAAUAUAAGGGGCUAAAAUACUACUGUAGGUUUUUAAUAAGGUUGGACCGAUAGGGUUCUCAUGGAAAAUGAUGAAACUAGAGAUCCUAUAUACUAAUAUUUAAAAGUUCUUAAAUUGGAGCGUCCUAUUCUUCCUCAAUCCCAGCCGCUCCGGCGGAAAAGUGCGGCCUCCAAGCCGGCUACUUCUUCCGCCCUGAAUAAUUUUUUUUCCCGCCCUCCAGCUCCUUUCUGGCUCUUCUCCCUCUGAAACUCGGAGGGGCUAAAAUAUGCUGGCGGAUCCACCUAUAGUUCCGGCUGUAGAUACCCUAUGGGUGUCGCCGGAAAAACGGGGUCAGCCGGACCACCCAGGCGGUGGUUCCGCCCCGACCCAUGUUGUAUUAAGGUAACUUUGGUUUGUAAUUCAGAUGAGCGAUUUCAAUUGUUCAGGGAACUGCAUGCCUUUGUUUUUACCCUAAACCCAUAAUUAAAAUAAGACUGUGAAAUGAAGAUUUUGCUUGAAUCACAUGCAUUAUGUAUCUUUUGAGUUUUCUGAGACAGCAUAAAUAUAUUUAUAUGUUUGUUACAUCUCUACUACUGUUAUAGAUGAAUUGCAUGUUUGCUUAAACUGAGUUGAUUAGCUAAUGUUCCAAAAAAUUUUAAGAGUAGACUUCAAUCUAUUGAACUCUCUUUUUUCCAAAAGUUUUGAUUUCUCUUUGGUGUAAUUCAACAAAUUCUUCACUUAAUUUGGAAUUUUUCAUUUAAUUAUCAUAGGGGUGGUUUGUUCAGAGACAGAAUCUCUGAUUCUAUCUGUAAGGAUGAGUGUAGGCGAUUUCUCUGCUGUGCUUGAGAAGCUCUCCACUUUAAUUGUAGCUGAAGCCAAUUUAUUAGGAGGGCUUCAACAAAAGAUCCAGGGCAUUAUAGAUGAAUUAGACCACAUGAAAGCUUUCUUAAUGUUUGCAGAAGGUAGAGAAGAAGAAGAUCCGAUGCUUCGAGUCUGUAUUUCGCAGGUGCGGGAGGUUGCAUACGAUAUUGAAGAUGUUGUGGCUGACUUUCUAAGGUGCUUUGAUCGUCAUUACGGUUAUGGUUUCUUUGGACAUGCUCGCAAGAUUUUCAACUCAAUCAAGAAUUUGUAUCCCAGCCACCAAAUUGCGGAAGAGAUACAAGCCAUCAAGUCCAGAAUCACAAAUAUAUCUGCAACUCAUCGGAGGUACCAAUCUGAAUAUGGUACCUUUAACCAACUCUUAGCUUCUUCUUCUUCUUCUGUGAACGACUCAUUGCAGGACUACAGAAAUCUAGCCGGUCUUGUAGAUGAAGCUAAGCUGGUAGGCAUUGAUCGCCCAAAGCAACAGCUCAUUUCUCAGCUCCUUGAUGGCGACUCCCAGUUCAAAGUUGUAUCUGUUGUUGGAAUGGGAGGGAUAGGAAAAACCACCCUAGUCAGAAAAGUCCAGGAGGAUGCUCAUGUGAAAAAGGAAUUCCAGAUCUUUACUUGGGUGACAGCCUCCCAGACCUGGGAUCUAAAGGAGCUGCUCAGAGUGGUUAUUAAACAGCUAUAUAAACAAAUCAAGAAAUCUGUUCCCGAAGAAGUUGCAUCCAUCACAAAUGCUAGUGAGUUGCAUGAGCAUGUUACACGACUUCUCCAAAACAAACGGUAUCUCAUGGUGUUUGACGACGUAUGGGAUCCAAAUUUCUGGCAUUUUCUUAAGUUCGCAUUGUCUGAAGGUAAUUGUGGGAAUCGUGUAAUUAUCACUACCCGGAAUGCAGGUGUAGGUAAUGCUACCAAUGGCGAGUUCCAAAGUUAUGUGCAUACAAUGGAGCCGUUAUCUUUUGAAGACUCCUGGACUCUGUUUUGCAAGAAGGUCUUCAGAGGUAAUAGCUGCCCUGUCCACUUGAAAAGUACCGCUGAAGGAAUACUGAAAAAGAGUAGGGGGUUGCCGCUGGCUAUUGCUGCAAUUGGUGGUUUAUUGGGUUCGAAAGGUACAAGUAAAAUUGAUGAGUGGAAGUUGGUUGAACGCGGCCUUGGUGGUGAAGAUCUCGGUGGUGAGCUUGAGCUAGUAAAAAAAUCACUGUUUCUUAGUUACCAAGGGCUUCCGUACCAUCUCAAGACUUGCUUACUGUAUGCAAGUAUUUUUCCGGAGGAUAAAAAAAUAAUUGAAAGGAGACUGAUUCGAUUUUGGAUUGCAGAAGGACUUGUGCAGGAGAAGGCAAAGAUGACAAAACAUGAGAUAGCCCGUGCCUAUCUUAAAGAACUUAGUAGUAGAAGCUUAAUUCAAGUCACACAUCCUCAUGACCCAUCUCCUAGAGAGUAUCACAUUCAUGACCUUUUGCGAGAAGUUAUAUGUUCAAAGUCAACUGCACAAAACUUCGCAACCAUAGUCGCAGGAGACCGAAGUAGUUUGCCUAACAAGCUUAGGCGCCUGGCGGUCCAUGAUUUGAGGACGUUUGGAAUGAUGCCCGGCAAUUGUUUCAAGUACCUCCGAUCUUUGGUGAUAUUUGACUCCAAGGAGCCUUUGCCAAAACACUUGCUAUCCAGGAUGUUAUGCAAUGGUUCGAGGAUACUGAAGGUAUUGGAUUUAGAAGGUACACAAUUGGAGGAAAUUCCAGAAGAAGUGUUCCGAUUAGUUAAUCUCAAAUUUCUAAAUCUUAGCAAAACAAGAGUCAAAGUCAUUCCAAAGUCUAUUGGGUCUCUCAAGAAUCUAAUGUAUUUGGAUCUACGCAAAACAUAUGUGACCGAGUUACCCAAGGAAAUACUCAAGAUUGAAGGGCUCAUUCAUCUAAUGGUUUCUAGUGCUAUGGCUUUGCCUUUCGGUGUGGUUACUGGAUUUAAAGGUCCAAAGAACAUUGCAAGACUUCGUUCCCUAGAAUUCUUAUAUCAGAUAGAAGCGAAUGAAGUUUUGAUUAGAGAGAUUAGAGAACUUAAACAAUUGAAGGGGCUUGGUAUCUACGGCCUGAGAAGAGCUGAUGGAAAACAACUCUGCUCCUCUCUUGGAAAUCUCUUCAAUCUUGAAGACUUAUAUCUCCAAGCACUAGGAGAUCAUGAAGUACUUGAUUUGGAAGUUAUGAACAUUUCGUUGUAUCCAAGUCUCCGGAACCUGCAACUGUUAUCUGUCAGGGGGUGCUUACAAAAGGUACCGCAAAUAAUUCCUUUGUUACAUGAAUUGACAGUACUAGAUUUGGGGCGGAGCGGGUUGAUGGAAAAUCCGCUUGAAUCUCUUCAGUACUUGCCAAAUCUGGAAUCACUCAUCCUGAAUGAGGCAUUCAGAGGGGAGAGUUUGUGUUUCAAAGCCGGAUCCUUUCCGAAGCUUGAGAAGCUUUGGUUAUGGAGAAUGCACAAUUUGAAAUGGAUGAACGUGGAAGAAGGUGCAAUGCCUAACCUCGGACAACUGAAUAUGAGAUGCCUGAGAGUGCUAGAGGAGUUUCCUUGGGGGAUCCAACACUUGAUCAGGCUCCAAGUUCUGUAUUUGGAUGACUUGAGUGAUAAAGUGAUUGCCCAGAUGCAGGAUCAUGAUGUUGAAAGCCAAGGUUAUCAAAACAUUAGUCACAUUUCGAAGAUUUUGAUUUGGGACGAACAGGAUGGAUGGUGUAGGCAUCCACAGUAUUGGAAGACAAGGAAAGCAGGACCUCAGAAUGAAGAUGAAAAACGAUGGCUGGAUUGGGGAGCAAGCACUUCUCACUUAUCAGAGUAUAUAUUGAAGCUUUCUCUGUCUUGAGAUUGCUAAGAAGAUCAAUCAUGUUCCUUUAUGGCUGGCUGUGUAAUAAACACCUGUACUUUUGGAUUUGAUUUCAAAUUCACAUUUCCUUUUUGUAAUGUUUUCACUGUUGAGAAUUGUUGUUGUAACUAAUGAUUCCAAAUGGAAACAUACGAAUGCUACAUCGUCAUUAUUGAUGCAGGCAUUAAAGACAUUGUUUGCAAACAUGUUGAGGGGUAAAUCAUUGCUUCAAUAUUGGAUGUUUUGCUGGUUUUUCAAUCUUUAAUUUCCAAGCGAAACGACCUCUGUGCACACUUUGAUCCAAGAGGGAGCAGAUCAUGACAUUCUUGCAGAAUCUCGAUCGUAAGCUUUGCUACACUAAACAAGUCUUGAAUCCAUCUUGAAGAUUUGGUUAACUGGCUCAAACUGAAGCAGUUGUUAUCGAUGUUGCAUAUAUGCUUUCCCAGUUGAGAGUUCCUUGAAACUAGAAAGUCUUAUGACCUAUCAUGUGGAGGAUUUCUGGUUCUCGACAUUGAAUAGAUGAGAAGAAAUGAAGCCUAAGAUUUCAGAAUUGGUGCAGAAGACCAAGAAAUCUUAAAAGGUCGAUGAAAUUAAUUACUGUUGGCAAAAUAUCUUUUGUGACACUUUUGUGUUAUAUUUUAUCACUUGUCAAACAGAGUUUUUUUACAGUUUUAGUUAUGGCG